GAAAGGAGGGUGAAAAGGCGAUGAUUAAAUUGAGGAGAGCAUUGGGAGGCGAGUUGUCACACUACAAGUAACCUGUCUGUAACCUUUCGCUCUUUCAUAUCCUUCCCUUUUUUUUUUCCCUUGUACUCCGUAUUCACCUAUACACUCUCUAAAAAUAUAAACUUUUGCAAUUUUAACUUCAACUUUGAUAAUGAAUCAUCACUCCUUUUACUCUUCUUCACAUGAGAUUUCAUCACAAGAUCAUCUUCAUCACUCUUCUUCUCCUUCGACGUUCUGCGGGAUCAAGGUUAUGCCGGGAAAACCCGUUACCGUGAGUUUACCUUGCAACUCAUUCAAGAGUCUUCAUAUCUCCCAGGCUACUUUAGAGUACAAAAAACCGGAGGACAUCAAAAUGCGAAGUUUGGUUUUUGUUAAUUAUGAUGGCCAAGAUGAUAUACUAAUUUGCUCGUUGAGAGUAAGUCAGUGUGAUAUGGCCGUUUUGAAGUUGGAUUUUCAUGGACCUCAAGACAUAGUUUUCUCCCUUACUGGUCCGAGGGGUGUUCACCUUGCUGGAUAUUUCUACAAUUAUAUUCCUUCACCUACGAAUCUUGUUGCCCCUCCUAUCAUGGAUAUUGGAGGAAGAGGCAUCCACCAAAAAGAAUCUAUGCUAAGUAUCAAGAUUCCGGGUCUUGGUACCGCUGAUUUUGUGGGUGAUGCAGUCAAGGAAAAAGGUGGUACAAGUUUCAGUAUCAAAAUAUUGCUUCCGGGUUUAGCUGAUUCUUUGUACCAAAUACCAGUUAGCCUUGAACAUCUACUUGAAGCUCAAAGUGCAGCAAUUGUUAAGCAUGCAAUUGAAAAAGUGCUAGUAAAUCAACAUAUAUUACAAGAAGAGAAACAAUCAGGCAAGAACGAAAGUACAAAAAAGGGGGAGAACAAGUGUCUGCCUAUUGUUCCUGAAAUUGAUCAUGGAGACAAUCAUGAAGGUUCUGAAAAAAGAAAAUGGAAAAAUUCAAACAAGCAGCUGCCAAUCACUGAUGAAAUUGAAUGCGAAAACAAUGAAAGAAGUUCUGUAAGAAGAAAGUUGGAUUAUGUGUUGCCGGAGAAAGAAGUCCAGCCAGCUGAUAGGAUUGAAAAGGAGAGCGGAAAAAAAAGAAAGAAGAAAAGGGAGAAAAAGCAACUGCCAGAAGUUGAUGGAGCUGAAGGAGAUAUUGUUGAAGGUGAGAAGAAACGGAAAUGCAAACAAGGAAACAAGCAUUUGCUAACUGUUGAAGAUAUUGAUGCAAAUGACAAUGGAAGUGAGGAAGGAAGAAAGCAGAAACUGGAGAGCACUCUGCCAAUUAUAGCAGCUGAUAAUGAUGAUGGUGACCCUAAUGAAGGAAGUUCUGUCAGAAGGAAGCUAGAUUAUGUGUUGCCAGUGAAAGAAGUCCAGCCACUUGAUAGUAAUGAUAAGGAGAGGGAGAAAAAACAAAAGGAGAAAAGGGAGAAGAAGCAUCUGUCAAAAGUUGAUGGAGCUGAAGGAUAUAAUGUCGAAGGGUGAGAUUUCUGAAGGAGAUGAUGUGAAAACUCUAUGGAGUGAGGUUUCUGUCUACUCACUGAGAUGGCAGUUUUGAAUUAAUGUUCAAUAUGAUGUGAACAGUCUGCUCAAGUUUGCUAUAUUGUUUUUUUUUUUUUUUUUUUUUUUUGAAACCGAGUAGUUUUGGAAGAUACUUUUCAUCUGCUAGAUCUUCAUUGUUGCUGGCUCAAUGUGCCGUUUUCUGACUUGUAUUCCUGGUAGAACCUUGGACUAUGGUUUUGCAUUAACAUUGCCUACGUAUCCCAUUUCUGUUUUUGUUGCUAGCUAUAAGUGAUGAUUGACCCUUAAUCAUUUGCUCCUCCUAUGGUUCCUUUCAUAUUAUAAUCUUGUUUAUGAUUUUAUUUGACGGGAGAAGAGCAAAUUUUAUUAACUCAUACUUUGAGCACAAGAAAGGUACAGCAGGCGUAAUGCUCACAGGGAGCUCUUCUAAGCUCUAACCACACACACAUUACAUCAAAAUCUUUGCUUAA